AUGGAAGGGUUAACUCCGAGUUCAUGCACUAGGGCUGAAAUAUUAGAGAAGAAAACAAAAACAGAAGAAGCAUUGAAUUGUCCAAGGUGCAAAUCAACAAACACAAAGUUCUGUUAUUACAACAACUAUAGCCUCACACAACCAAGAUACUUAUGCAAAACUUGCAAAAGGUAUUGGACACAAGGUGGUUCACUAAGAAACAUCCCAGUUGGAGGUAGUUCUAGGAAGAACAACAAACUCAUAGCAUCAUCUGCUAUUUCUUCAUAUAACAUGAUUAAAGGUCAUGAUCUUAGUUUGGCUUCUACUUGUGUUCCUAAUUCCUUGAUGAUGAUGUCAAGUUCGAGCUCAGAUGGACAAUAUCAUCCAUGGUUUUCCAUGCAGGAAAUGAAACCAAAUCUUGGAUUUUCAGUUGGAGAGAUGAAGAAACUUUGCAAUACAAAUGAAUUACAGGUUGAUCAAGUGGAACAUAAUGAAGAACAAGAAAACUCAACAAGGUAUAAUUGGAAUGGAGUCAUAGGUGAAGGGUCAUCAUGGUAA